AUGCCUCACCAUCAUCCCGACCUGAUGAUGGGGCACCGGUUUCGACGGGAUGUCAUACCCGGUAACCGUUUACAAAAUAUUGCCCCAACUUUGACCGACCGAAGCUUCGAUAUUCCUUCAUUAGUCGCCCGAGCUGCCUCUUCUUCUGCUACAACUUCUACAUCAAGUUCGGGCGAGAAAUCUACAAGUAAUCUCGACACCACCGUGUUACCCGUGGUACUCGGCGCUGGUGUUCCGAUUAUCUGUGCCAUUGUGAUCUUGAUCGUACUCCAUCGAAGACAUGUAAAGAAAUUACUACGCGAAGAUGCCGAAGAUAAACAUAAAUCCCUGGAUUUUGGCAUGGAUCCAGUGAACCCUAGGCGAGACGGGCCCGACGGCCAUCUCCAGAUGGUGGAACCAAACCAUGCUAAGGGUCUCUCGCUGGAUGUGCACCCUUAUCUGUUGCCUCCUGGCCUUCACGGCUCUCGAGACUCAUUGCACUCCCUUUCCCGAUCAAUUGAUGAUGACAAGUACCGCCAGGCUUCAUUUAUUCCGCAAGACGGUGCAUCGAUUCGAUCAUUCCCCAGAAUGAGAGAUGACGCUUCAAGUAUUGCAGGAUCAACGUCCCGGUUUGGUGGCACGGAAGAGCCCAGUUCGGGUCUAUUGAAGAACGCACAGAACAUGUCUCGGUCAUCACCUCCUCUGUACCGCAGCCCUGUAGAGGAACCGGCUUCAUACCGGUCUUCUCCUCCCCGCCAGGAGUACCCUGCUCCAUCAGAGCAUGAGCAGCAUCCUGGAUUGGCCUUGGGCAGCCCCGUGGGCCCGACACCUCCACCUCCUGCUCGACUUGCUUCGCCUGCUGCAACAGAGCCUCGAUUUGAUAUGCCGGAACCAGAAUUCAACUUUACAUCCAGCCCGGAUCUCCAUUUUGAUACGCAUAGCAAUGACGUGAAGAUGGCCCCUGAAGAUCGUCCCGACUUCCCACUCCCCGCCGGCGGGUUGCCUCAUCAUGAGCCCUUGCCUGAAACUUCUCCAACUCAGCUUCCUCGGAUCUCAUUCCCCGCCAGCGAUGUCACAUCAAGUGACUAUGGUGAUGACCGUCGCAAGUCAGAGUUGAUGAUCCCCGAAGUGAACAUUCCUAUUGUUGAGGAGCCUGAGCAUCACCAAGAACCCAAUCAUAUCCCGGAGGUUCCAGAGGAGCCCCAGAACCUAGACCCAACCUACGACGCUCGUCGUAACACUCAGGAUCCUGCCGACAACCCUGAGCAGCGUGCCAACCGUAUCCGUUCGUUCUACAAGGAAUACUUCGAUGACAGCAAACGAGAGACUACUUAUGGAGGAGAGGGUGUUCAAGACUUCUACGACGGUGGUUAUCUGUAUGACCCUACUACGGGAGAUUAUUUAGAUGCCACCGCUCCUCCUCCUAUGCCCUUUGCUGAACCGGUCGGUCGUCGGGCCAUGACUCCUCCUCCUCGGGCUCCACCCCGAUUCCAAGGAGCAGCUCGUCAUAUGGCGACGAACUCCGCUGGAGGGGGCAUGCGUAGUCCUGGUCCACGGGCCUUCUCCUCGGCUUCAGGGCGUCCUGGCCCCGGGGGUCCCCCUCCCAAGGAACGUCGGCCUGUGCCUGUUCCUUCACCACUUCAGAUUCUCCCAACCCCUCACAUGUUGAAGGAUGAUUCUAUUAUGCUCGCAUCAGAAUUUGCCCCUGCCCACAGCUUCCGUGAGCGAGUAGCCGGUCGUCCGGAGACCCCGACUGGUGGAAGGCUACCAUACAGUCCGGCGAUGCGUGCUCACACGCCUUUGAUGUCAUCCUUUGACGACCUUGCCGUUAUUCCCAGCGCUCAUGCUCUCCGUAAGUCCGGCACGUUCACGAGUCUGGACUUUGCUCCUCCACCCCGAUUUAAGAACUCGGACAGUGGCAGUGAUGCAGGUAGCAUUCGCAGCAACCGGACAGGUAUCUCCAAUACGCAUCAGAAUAAUAUUCGUAUGGGUAACUACCGGGUUAGCCGUCUGGCCAAUGAUAUGGUCGGUACCAGGGAUGAUAUUAUGACCAGCUUGAAACCAGAUUGGGGCAUGAAGCGAUAG